AAACGUAUCGGGUCGAAAAGUACAUAUCUAGAAGUCGACGUCAAUUUGUUUACGUUGUGACUGCCGUUGUGUGUUGUAUUGUGCAUAUUUUAUUCUGCUCUGUAUCGGCAUUGCGGAUUGCGCGCAAUGCCACACGGUGUCUAAUAAUACAGCACGUCGCGUGUGCGCGGCGCGGUUCGUGUUACUGAUAUGCUCGCUUUCAACAAAUGCCAGUUACCGGUGCCAGUUUCGUAAAUCUAAAGGAAGUAAUCUCUAGUAGAUAUUAUGGCGCUCGUCCCCUCAAAGUAUAAGAUUGUGCAUUCGAAAAAACUUGGAAGAUAUCUUGUAACGACUAAAAACGUGGCACCAGGGGAAGUCAUAAUUCGAGAAGAACCGAUCGCAGUCGGUCCGAUGACAUAUAACAAGGGAUACUGUUUCUGCUUCGCAUGUUUGCGCUCGUUACCAAAAAUCAGCGCAAGAAACCGGUAUGCUUGUUCCAGAUGUAACUUCGCACCACUGUGUAGCGUUGCAUGCGAGGUUCAGACAAAUCAUCAUACAGAUGACGAAUGUCAAAUAUUUAAAGACAAUCGAGAAUUGUUGGCGGAAACAGGAAUUGAUGCGACAAAAAUUUUGCUGGCUUUGCGAUUAUGGCUAACAAAAUACAGAAAUCCGAUUAUAUGGGAGAGGAUAAAUCAUAUGGAGGCUCAUCUAGAUAAAAGGAUCGGCACAUCCGUCUGGAAGGAAAGAGAGGUCGAUGUUGUAGACGUGAUUCGAAAGCUUCGCAUGCCCGAUAAGAUUGAGACACCGAGUGCUGAAUUGAUGCAGAAAUUAUGCGGCAUCUUGGACGUAAAUACCUUCGAGUUGCGAUCACCUGGCGUCUUGGACGGUCUUCUUCUUCGGGGUUUGUACAUCGAGGCGACCCUCAUGGCUCACGAUUGCAGGGGUAACACUCAUCUCACCGUGGAUGACAAUUUUCAGCUGACCGUUUACGCGAGUGUCCCGAUCAAGCAGGACGAGCCUAUUCUUUUCAAUUAUACCUCAUCAUUGCUGGGUACAGCCGAGAGAAGACAGCAUCUUCGAGAAGGAAAAUAUUUUGAAUGCGAGUGUCCUUUGUGCAAAGACCCUUACGAAUUGCAAUCGAAUUUGAGCAGCGUGCUAUGUCCGCGCUGCAAAGAAGGAUUCGUGGGAAUGCAAGAUACCUCCGUCAUAGUACCGUACGAGCGAGCGAGUCGAUGGCAAUGCCAGAUGUGCAAGAGGACUUACGGCGGCCGUCUUAUCAGAGCUACGUUGAACAUAUGCAAAACACUCAUCGACGAGUGCGAGGAUAUUGACGUAAAGAUUAUCGACGACUUGCUUAAAAGAUUAUCCCGAUCAUUGCAUACCAAUCAUUUCCUUAUGCUAUCGUUAAAGCAGAAAUUAUUGACGGCGUGUAGAAGAGAGAUAACGUCUCUCAAUCCGCGAAGAAAAAUUGUACAGAAGAUGCAGGAUACAUGCAAAGAAGUCUACGAUGUUUUAGAUAUAGUAGAGCCGGGCAUAUCACGUUCAAAAGGUAUAAUGUUAUAUGAAAUACAUUUGCCUAUGAUAAUAUUGGCGAAUCAAUCUUAUUCCACGCGCGAAAUCUCAUCAGCGCAGUUGGUCUGCCGGCUGGAAGAGGCCAGAGACUUUCUGAAGAAAGCUCUGACUAUGCUCCUUUUGGAACCGGCGACGACUCCUGAAGGGAAAUUAGCUAAGAGAGCGCUCGAGGAAUUACGUACACUAAAUCAAAAUAUAAGUGACGUAAAAUCCUUACCGUCGGAAGAACCAAAGAUCCAUGCGCGUGAGCGCAAGAGUAAAAGAGCAAAAGAACAGCGCAAAAAGAUCAAAUGACACCGAGUUGUUCUUUUUAAGUUUGUAUAGAUAUGGAAGAUAAUUUUCAUUUUUCUCGCAAACAGCAGCAAUGCAUCAAAACAAUUAUUAUCAUAUAUAAAAGAAGCAACAUUUAGUACAUACAGUUUUAUAAAUAGAAAAUUGUAUAAUUUAAUAAAAAUAUUACUAUAAAAUUUUAGAAGACUCGCAACUGAAAAAAGGCCGUAAUUUAAACAGUUUCCUUCUUUUUCUUCUCUACUCUGGAUCUGGAUCUGAUCGAGAUAUUUUUUACGUACACAAUCCUUAUUUAUUGAUAUAAUGAUUAUAUAAUUAUUACAUAAUGCUGUAUUGUCUUGUACUUUGGAAACUGUUCUUCUAUAAGCAACUUCUGUAAGUAAUAUAAUAAUAAAUAGUGAAAAGA